UCCACAUCGACCUGUGUAUGGAUGAUUCACAUGUACAUCCACAUCCACCUACACAAUCAAACAAACCUCUUUUAUAUAUCACUCACUCCUCUCCUUUCCCAUAAUUAAAAGAUUCAUGAUGCUUACACUCUCACUCUCUGUGCCUCUGCAGAAGCAAUACCCAUUUUCCAUCUCUCAGCUUCCUUCCUCUGCUUACACUACUCUCUGCAAAUGGGGUCUUUUCAUUCUCAGCCUACUCCUCACCGCUCUCAUCUUCCGCUUCCGCCAAAACGCACCUCCCUUUCCUCUUAUCAUCGCUCAUUGUGAUUAUAGCCACACCGACGAUGACGACGAAAUCUACUCCACAUCGGAGUUUGAAGAUGACGAUGACGAAGAAGAAGAAGAAGACGAAGAAGAAGAAGAAGAAAGAAGGGAUGAGUAUUUCAGAGUCAGAGGUUCUACCAACGACGAACGAUGUCGAAGCAUAGGUGAUUUCUUAUCUCUUUCAGAAAUCGCCAACACCAAAAGCGUCGUUAAGUUAUGGGACACCAUAGGGUUUGGGCUAGGGUUUGGUUUUGAGCAUUUUGACCGUUCAUCUGAAGGAAGCAGCGUCGUCUCCGUUUACGACGGGGAGCUUCCUGAUCCGGCGGUGGUGGUUUCCGCCGGCCAAAACGCGUCGGGGAAUUUAGCGGUGAGGAUUUGGGACACGCGGCUCCGGCGGCGGAUACCGGCGAUGAUGGCGGAGUGGGGAUCGAGCCUUGGGAAGACCGUUGGAGUUGAAUCCAGCGAAGUACACAAGGUUUUCGUCAAAGAUGACGGCCGUUACGGGUUUACGGUUGGUGACAUGAGAAAUGCCAGGUCGCCGUUACAAUAUGUAACGGAUUCACACCCCGAUUUGUGGUGGCCUAAUUCCUUAAUUGUGAAAAUUUAAAUACAAAAAACAAUAUAUUUGUUUGUACAGCAUUUUUAUUUUUAUUUUAUGUAAAAUAGUGGCAAUGAAAUUAAAAUUUCUUACAAA